UGUAUUUAAGUUUUCCUUUGUAUAUUAUAAGUGAAAAUGGCGCAAAUACUUGAAUUGCAUGGAUAUAAUCAGUUUAAAGAUUAUGUUUCUAACUUAGAUUCUAAAAGCCGUCCAGUGGUUUUCUACUUUAGUGGUGAAAAGCUGCCUAAUGGGUAUAGUUGGUGUAGUGAUUGUGUUGAAGCUGAGCCUGUAGUGAAAGCUUACCUGAAUGAUUUGAAAAAAGAAAUUGUAUUUGUCUAUGUUGAUGUUGGCGAUCGUGAAACGUGGAAAGACAAAGCGUGUCCAUUCCGCACAGACAGUCGCACAAAACUUAUGGUGAUUCCAACUAUAAUUGUUUGGAAUGGAGUACGGAGAUUGGAAGGCAGCCAGUGUGGAAAGAGGGAACUACUUGAUAUGCUUUUUGAAGAUGAAGAUUGAAGAUGGUCAUAAACUUGCUCUGAUGUAACUUAAUAUAUUCUUGUAUAUAACAUUUAUAACAGUUCACAU